AUGGCGAAUCUCCUCGUGUGCUCAAGUACAAACGUUCUUCUACCCGCCUCCGACUCCCCCCAACCGGCCACAAUCGUUAUCGAUACAGUUACGGGGAAAAUAAUUGAUGUCCGUCGAGGCAGAGUUGCUAAGGUAUCAUUUCCAGAUAACAUCCAGUGGGUGGAUGCCGGCGAUAAAUAUGUCCUCCCUGGGCUUGUUGACGCUCACGUACAUCUUAACGAACCUGGUAGAACUGACUGGGAAGGCUUUUGGACGGGCACCAGCGCUGCAGCAUCGGGAGGAGUUACGACCGUCGUGGACAUGCCGCUUAACUCUAUCCCUCCGACAGUUACUGUCGCCGAUCUUGAUGCAAAACGGGCUGUUGCUCUUGGGCAGUGUUUUACCGACGUCGCCUUCUGGGGCGGAGUGAUCCCCGGGAAUCAGGAACAUCUCAAACCUCUGGUUGAGGCUGGUGUAAAAGGCUUCAAGUGUUUCCUGAUCAAAAGUGGUGUAGAGGAAUUCCCUUGUGUCGUAGAAUCUGAUCUCAAGGCAUCUAUGAUUGUUCUUCAAGACGUUCCUACGGUUUUACUAUUCCACGCUGAACUUGAUGAUCAUUCCGAAGCCGCCAACGACGACCGUUCAGAUCUUUCUCCGAACCUAUACUCAACAUUUCUAGGCUCUCGUCCUCAGAAAUUGGAGUUCGAUGCUAUCUCUUUGAUCACCUCCCUUCAGAAGGAGUAUCCUUCCUUGCGAUGUCACAUAGUCCAUCUAUCAGCCUCCUCGGCGCUCCCAUUAAUACGGUCAGCCAGAGCUGCCGGCUUAAAACUUACGGUGGAGACUUGUUUUCAUUAUCUCUGUCUAGCAGCCGAAGACGUACCUCAUGGACAUCCCGAGUUCAAGUGUUGUCCUCCGAUUCGAGAAGACAGCAACAGAGAUCUUCUUUGGGGUGCUCUGAUAGCAGGCGACAUUAAUUGUGUCGUGUCUGAUCACAGUCCUUGCGUAGCGGAAUUGAAAAAGCUUGACGAAGGAGAUAUCAUGAACGCCUGGGGAGGCAUCAGUACGCUUGGUCUCGGACUAAGCUUACUUUGGACAGAAGGCUCCAAGCGAGGCGUUACGAUUGGACAGAUAAUCAGGUGGACGAGUCAGCGAACAGCAGAACAUGCGGGCUUGGGUCAUUCUAAAGGUCAAUUGACGGUGGGAUAUGACGGUGACUUUGUGAUAUGGGAUCCAAACACUAAGUUUGAGGUUACGAAAGAAUCGCUCAAUUUCAAGAACAAAAUAUCGCCGUACGAAGGUCAAAGACUCCGUGGUCUUACAGAGAAGACUUAUCUUCGUGGAAACCUGGUGUAUGACCAUCAAAUAGGAUUGCAAGGAUUGAAGCCCAUUGGAAAGUUGCUCUAA